AUGGGGCAAGGGCUGCUUUGUCUCGCCCUGUCUCCCAUCCAACUUGGCCUGCUCGCCGACAUCGUAGAGCAGCGCCGCCUCCGACGGCAGUGGAAGCCGCCGGUUUCUCCACGCCACCACGACGACGGAGAAGAUCUGGGUCAGAGGGCUUCCGACCAGCUUCUUGAAGCGAUAUCGGCGAGUACCGGAGAGGAACACGAGCAGCCCGAUCAGGAUGGAGGUGGCGCAUAUGCCGUAGCCCCACCGCCUACCCAGGUUGUCCUGGACGUAGACGAGGACCGUCACCGCGACCAGGGAGCCGAGGCUGAUGAGGAAGAAGAAAUAGUUGAAGAAUUUCAUCAUCCUGUUCUUCUCCCACGGGUUCGACUCGUCGAACUGGUCUGA